UCCCACAACAGAGGGAGGAAUUGUUGAACUAAGUAUCUCUGCCAAAGGUUAUUCAACGUUAUUUAUUCCUCACUUUGUUUUGUAAUGAUAUUUUGAAUUGUUAAAUGUUUAGUUCAACAGAUCUGGCUGAGCAACACAAUAAAACUGCAAGGCGUGAUUUUGGUCCUGAUGUCAUCCGUAUGAUAGUUCCAGAGAUGCUUACCAUUUCCAGUGUGUCAUUUGAGGAAAACACUCAUUUAACUGAAUGGGAUUGUUAAGGAAAUAGUGGGAAUAUGGAAUUGAGACAGAUCAUUAGCUGUGACCUUUUGAAUGGUGGAGCAGGCUUGAGAGGCUGAACAGCCAACUAUUCUUCUACAUGAAGUAGAGGCAGGUGAAGAUUGAGAGAAAUGAAUUGAUGUGCAGAGUUGACGUUUGAAUGAAAUUAUGCUUAGUUGUGAGUCUUUCGGGAACUCUGGACGGUUGGCAUUGAAAGCUUUGGGCUUUACACAAACCACCUUGAGUGCGGUUAUGGGCUGGCAGCUCAACUUGAGCACGUUCGUGGAGUAAUGGUUCUACUGAGGGAAAGCAUUUUGGAUUAAUUCAGUGAAUGAUUAUUUGGGCAAGCCUUUGAUUGGGAGCUGGCGUAGCGCAAUCUCUGUGGGUCGAGGCUUCUAGUUUUCUAAAUUCUAAGUAUGAGAGGAGAGGCGAUGCAAUUCCUAGGGCAUGCUUUUAGAGAGAAGUAGUGCUUGUGGCAAGCAUUCAAAGGAUUGAAUGGAUAUGGUAAAGGUGCUUUCGUAGUGCUUCAAUAGGGUGAGCUCUCCGGGCGGUGGGAUUGAGAACACUGCACACAUUUGUUGGAAUCAUUCUUCAUUGUUAACCUCCACCUGCAAGGGAAAUUUAGCAUUGUAUGUCGCUUUAAAACUCUGUGUAAAAUUCUUACAUUAUGAUUAUUAUGUGUAUUGCUGAUUAAAUCUUUACCAUGCUCUGAUUUUGGCUUUGACUAUUUUUCUUCAGCUUUCCUUAUUACACAAACCCAUCUCCCUUCUGAGUAAUUUGAAUUAUUAGGCAUGUUCUCUUUAUUAAACUCAUCCUACUUUGCUCAGUAUGAAUUUCAGUGCCUGCGAAUGGAAAUGUCGCCUGUCACCAUUUAUUGAUUCAGUUCCAGAAUCCGGAAAUAAAGAAUUACCAUGUCGAAAAACUUGCAUUCUACUGUCGAUUUAAAUUAACAAAAGAGAGUAUUUCAAUUAAUUCUUGAGAUGAAUAGAACAUCUUUGUUGUAGUUAUUAUCUUUUGUUCUUUGUAUUAGUAUUGUGUUUUUUGGUAGAAUUUUUUUUUAAUCCAUUGAAGGGACAGAAGGUAAGGACCUGUGCAAUGAUUAUAGAUGGUUGAACUAUUUGACUGGAAAAGCAAAACAACUUGUUUUUGAUUCCAAAGCUGCUUAAUUCCUUUUUUUAAAUGCUGUCUUGAUAUGGAAAUCCCACACUGAAUCCAUCUGUACAGUAGGCUAAGUAGUGCAGCUCCCGAGAGAGAGAGAGUGCGAGAGAGAGAGAGACAUUUGUGCCACGGGCUCUUGGUCUGAACCAUUAAACUGAACAUGAAUUCAACAGGGGAGUAGAACGCAAGAGGAAACGCGGAGAAAUGUUGAUAUUUGCCCCAAAGGAUUAAUCACGAGUAAAUACUGCCGCUGUUGAAUUUAAUGAUGUGAAUCUUGUGCAAAACAAAUCAAAUGCAUAAAACCGCAGCGUUUGUGUUAAUUUGCAGUAGCAGACCAACCCUUGAAGAUAAUAGAGAAAUCAAGUUCAGAGCAGCUCCUUUCUAUUCUGUUUAAUUCUGUGCUAAGUAAUCUGUUUGAAGCAUGGCAUGGGUGCUUUCACAAGCAAAGCAUUUCGACUGCAGUGAUCAUCUCACCCACACAAAAAGAAGUCUACUACAUCUGGAGAUGUGGUAGAGAAAGGAAAAAGCUGCACGAAAACAAAAGUGACUUCUGAGACAUUUAGCCAUGCCAGGGAACGAGGCUCUCCCAUUUACGGCUGACCGAUGUCACCAGGAGACAGUUACUGCUCUUCCUUUGCACAGCAACACGCUUGAAAAGGGGGAUGCAAGUACACUCAGCCUGCCAGCAAACACAAGCUAUGGUGGCUCGGACACCAAUAUCAGCCUUGAGGUUCCCGAUGGCACCCCAGAUCCCCAUAAGACAAAAGCUGCUAUCGACCAUCUUCAUCAGAAGAUCCUGAAAAUCACAGAGCAGAUAAAAAUUGAGCAGACUGCACGGGACGAUAAUGUAGCUGAGUACUUGAAGUUGGCCAACAAUGCAGACAAACAGCAAGCCUCCCGUAUCAAGCAAGUCUUUGAGAAGAAGAAUCAGAAAUCGGCACAGACCAUAGCCCAGUUGCACAAGAAGCUAGAACACUACCACAGAAAGCUAAAAGUGGAGAAGGCCCAGGACAGAGAGGUCAAUAUGCAAUGCGAAGGGGAAUUAAAAUGCUUGGAAACCAGGAGAUCGCAUGGGCCAAGGCGGACUGAGCAGAUAGAACAAAAUGGCCUCUCGAGGCAGCCAAAGGAUGUUCUCCGGGACAUGCAGCAAGGUCUCAAGGACGUGGGUGCCAACGUCAGAGCUGGUAUCAGUGGAUUUGGUGGAGGUGUGGUGGAAGGUGUGAAGGGAGGUUUGUCUGGCCUUUCCCAGGUCACUCACACUGCCGUCGUCUCAAAGCCAAGGGAGUUUGCCAGCCUGAUACGGAACAAGUUUGGCAGCGCUGACAACAUUGCCCAUUUGAAAGACACGUUGGAUGAGUCACAUCAGGAGGAAGCCACCAGGACACUAAGUGGCAGUGCUACGCUGGUGUCCAGUCCCAAGUAUGGAAGCGAGGAUGAAUGUUCCAGUGCAACCUCUGGCUCUGCAGGUGGCAGCAACUCUGGGGCAGGAGCUGGAGGCAUGGGCAGUCCAAAGUCAAAUACUUUGGACAGCCAUCAUAACAAUUUUGAUACUAUUCUGGAUGAACUUCGUGAAAUUAAAGAAAGUCAGUCCCAUUUAGAGGAUGCUAUGGAAGAUUUGAAAGGACAGCUACAAAGAGACUAUGCCUAUAUGACACAGUGUUUGCAGGAAGAACGAUACAGGUAUGAGCGUUUGGAGGAGCAACUGAAUGAUUUGACUGAGCUUCAUCAAAAUGAAAUGUCUAACUUGAAACAGGAACUUGCCAGUAUGGAAGAAAAAGUGGCUUACCAGUCAGAUGAGAGAGCCAGAGAUAUCCAGGAGGCUCUGGAGUCGUGUCUUACCCGGAUUACCAAGUUGGAACUUCAGCAACAGCAACAGCAAGUGGUGCAGCUGGAGGGAGUGGAGAAUGCUAAUGCAAGGGCACUCCUAGGCAAAUUCAUCAACGUCAUCUUGGCACUCAUGGCUGUCAUUCUGGUCUUCGUCUCCACCAUUGCUAACUUUAUUACUCCUCUAAUGAAGACACGUUUCCGGGUGCUAAGCACACUGCUACUGGUGCUGUUCCUUGUUUCUCUGUGGAAGCAAUGGGAAAAUAUUGUAUACUUCUCAGAACAGAUCUGGUUGCCCAGUUGAUCUAGACGCCGUUGGUUAGAUGGCAGACCGGCGUGAUUUUUUUUUUAAAGACAGGAUUUCAGGAACUUGUUAUUUUUCUCUUCCUCGUCCCCUGCCUCCACCAUUACUUGUUGACAAUAUCACCAGUUAACGGACACAGGCAACAGUGCAAGAUGGAGCCCGGUCAGGAAGCAGAGUCCUGAUAGAGCCGAUCAAACUACUUCUCUUUUGGAAAGGUUGUAAUCAAAACGGCUCUGGGGAAACUGCACGCACACUGAGUGAACUAUCGAGUGCAAUUUGAAGAAGCCACUGCUCUUACUGUGCUAUACCAUUUCAGUAUUUUUUUUGUUUCCUUGUUAAGUUAUAACAAAUAUUUAAUUUCUUGAGGGAGGAGCAGGGAGAGAAAAUGUAUUGUUUGCGUGAGUGCUGAUAUUUAUUAUAACUAAUAUACAUUCGAUUGUAUAGUAAAGAGGUUUGCAAAAUCCCUUAAACUUAAUCACAUUGCACAUUCCUGUUUAUGUAAAACAAUCCGAGAAAUAAGUACAAGUUCAUUUCUAAGACACUCGGUGAAAGAGUGUCAGGGGUAAUUUUGUUGGACUGCUUCAGCAAAAGUGUGAAGGAAAUUUCAUUUCAUGUGGGUAUGUUUGCAAUGAAGAAAUAGUAAGAAUUUUGGAGGAAAAUUUCUAAUAUGCUCGGUGACACAUUGCUGCAGCAUUAGACCAUUGUUUUUAGUUUUAACUAUUCCAGUCUUGCAUUUCUUCGCAAUUUAUUAAUUUAAUGCUGCCAGUGAUCAGGAGGUGGGGAAUCUUUCAACGAUACACUGGCCAGCUGCUGCAGAAAUGAAAUGGCAAGAGAGUGCAUUAUCAAUAUGUUACUGAAUGUUGAGGGUGGGGUGGGAUGGGGUAGUGUGCGGACAGGACAUCUAAGGGCCUGCCAUCUCAGUAGAAAAUAGUUACAUUUAUAACCUGUUUAAAAACUCAUUUGAGAGUAAAAAUAUGGGAGGAGAUUUUUUUAAUGUUCUUGGUAACACAUUGUUGCAGCAUUGGACCAUUUAUUUUUAUUUUUAACUUUUCCAAACUUGCAUUUCUUCUCAAUUUACUCAUUGGUGCCAGUGAUAAGGAGGUGGGAAACAUUUCAGUAGCUCACUGGCCAGCCACUGCAGAAAUGGUAUGGCAUUAAGACCAUCAUGAUAAAUGUUACAAAUUAAAUUAUUUACAUUUUUUUUAAAUGAAUUUAAGUAUGAUAGUUUAUUGCACUUUGUUCUCCCCACUACCUUUUGACCUGUUAACUAGGCAAGGGCCUUUCCCUCUCUGGCCACCCUGAGUCCAGUAAAUAAGAGCAAGAAAGGAUUUUGUUGCGACUGGCGUUAAAAUUGUACCAAGUAGAUUUAUUUUUCCUGAGCUGCUACAAUGCCAAAUUGUUGCAGAGUAUGUUUGGUUUGUGUGGACAUAAGUGAUGCAUGAAAACUUUAACUUCAUCUGAAUACAGUGAUUUUUUUUUGUUAUCUAUUUGUUUUUUUUAAAUAUUAUUUUAUUUUUGAGCAGUAUUUGAUGAAAGAACAAGUGGGUGUUUCUUCUCCAAGGCAGCAGCUAAAGAAUAUGAGUUGAUCAAGUGUUUAUCAGUUAUGUUAUCUUUUUUUGCUCUCUCAUCCUCCAUUUUCAGUAUCAAACCAUUGUGAAGUAAAGGAGAACAAAUGCCUCAAUGAAUCGGUUAUUUUAUAUCAGGAAGCAUGAAACGAGGAACACUGCACAGGACUCUAGUGGAUGGAUUGUGGCUGCAAAACAAACCAGUUACAACAAGCCACAAAGUGGACUGCAGAUCAAUCAAUCACCAUGGCUAUUUCCCCUUUAAACAAAAAAACUCCAACAGAUUCCACAUCACAAUCCCAACCAUAUAUUCGGCCUUUUUAAUCUACAGAUACAUUGUAGCCCCAUUCUUAAAAUGAUUUUUUGCUGUUCCAUUUCACACCUUGAAUUAGCCAUCUUGGUGUUAUUGAUCCUGAUAUGUAAUGUUUGGCUAGUGAUGUAAUUCCAAAGAGUAGAUUGUUGAAGCAAAUACUGAUUGUAAUGGAGACAUUGUUCGGAUGGAGUGAAGGGAAAGCAGCCAUGAUAAUGUCUGUCACAUAAUUGGCAUUUAUAUAUAUAUAAAAAAAUAAGUAUUCCUGAAAAAAAUAAUUGCCAUGACUACAGCACCUCGACAUAUGCUUUUAAGUUUUAAUGAGAACUGGCACUUCUUUAGGUGUUUGAUAAUGCUGGUUGUAACUCGGAUCGUUGUACUGCCACUUUAGUUGGUGCACGGUAUUGAGGUAAUGUUCCACUUUUGGAUGGGGCCUGUCAGCUCUUCCUGCUGGGCAUGGCCAAUUUUAAGUCAAUCUUUCAGGGAAAGGUCCGGACAUGUUUCCAGCAUCCCAACCAAUAUCAGCCAACAUUAAUAUAGCCAAUUAUUUGCCCAAUCUAAAACUACAGCUAGUGGGUCUGUUUGCCGGUUGCCUGCUGAGUUUUCUUCUCUUUCCAAAUAUCUCUACUAUUCUUUCAUUCGAAUGGUGAGUGCUGUGCCAUGCAAAUCUUUAACAACAAGCAUUGUCGGGUUGAAUAUUAAUUUAGUAAAAUUAAGUAGGGUACGGGGGUUACUGGAGCAUCUGUGCGGAGGUUUAGUGGCCUGAAAAUCAAGUUAGAAAUGGGAUGGGGACUGUAUAUUCCUCAGCUAUGAUCAUUGCUAUCGUGAUGGCUAAAUAUGUAAACAUCUUACACAAUGUGAUUUCAGGUUUAAAAAAAAAAACCCCACCCAGAGAUUCCUAGGCUUAAUUUCUGGGUUGCAAUGCAUCAGCAGGGGUGAAAGGAUGACACAAACUGACUUCAAUAGGGGAAGGGAAAAUCAGCCUUCGCUCUGUCCACUGACCCAUAUUUAGUUAUUUCUGUGUGCAUUCGCAGUUCGAGGUCGCAUAGGACUCCAUGGAGCUAAACCAUGACCUCAUCCCUGAUUGAAUAGCAUUCCUGCCAAGGCUUUGGGGCUGGUGCACCAAAAUGAUAGCUAGAAUUGAGGAACAGAGAGAGUAGAGAGAGACUGUACCAAUACAAGGGGUCGAUGUUGAGGACGGAAGGAGAGAAAAUGGAGGCCUUUUUUAAAAAUUUGGAAAUUAACUAAUUUAAUCUCUUCGUAUUGUAAGUAAACCUAAUCACAGCAUAUUUGGUGCUGGAAUAAAGUGUGAGAAUGUAGUGUCAGCAGGAUCUAACUAUUCUAUCAGUAAUACACUGCAGUAUGUGUAACAGGAAGGGCGAUAAUACAAGGUAAUAUGCUGUUAACACGAUUAAAGUUCUCACCAUGUAGGAAGGGAUGUGCUUUCCUGUAAUAGAACAGCACAAGGAAAAGCCGUGCACCGUGUGAAGGUCAACAACGAAUCUCCAGUGUAAGAAAAACAGAUUAAAAACAAAAGAACGUAGAGGUGAUGUCGGAGCAUUACAUUUCUAAUUUUAUUUGGCACAGAAAUUUAGUACAUAAUGUUUAAUUUUCCAGUUUUCAUUCCAAAUAGUUAGAAAGGGAGCUGAUUUUGUAAAUUUGCCUGACUGCUCGAUUGCCUUCCUGCCAAUUUUGAUGCAAAACUUACAUAAAUGCAUAAGUACCUACCUAAGUAAUGUGACAGAUUUACCCAGUUGUUUCCAUUAAUAAUGGACGUUGGAUUUAUAUUGGAAAUUUAAGAACAAUUUUUAAAUAAGGGAUUGAAUUAUGUUGGCAUAGCAUGAUCCAUUUUUCAUCAUUUUAACACUCGCAGUAACAGCAUGAGACGUUGAUUAGUCAAAUAAUACAGAAUAAUGUUCAAAGUAAAUUAAUUCCUGGAACUGAAUAAGUUAUAAAUAGGCUAUUUUUUUUGAAGUUCGCAUUCCCAUUAAUACAAUAACACUAAUGAUUAUCAGUCCUAAUAGGCCAUGGUUUAAGAUUUGGCAUUUGAUUUUGUUAGUUUGAAACUGUGCGGCAAAUUUCUCCCUCCACUGCUGGUGCCAAAAACUCUGUCAGUCACCCCAUCAAAUUACAUUCAUCAUGAUUACACUUAACCACUGCACUCGUUGUCUAGCAUAAGUGGGAUUGUGUGCGUGAUGAAAAUCUGAAGCAGACACAGAGAAUUCAGUGAGAAUUCAACACCAGUCUGUCAGACGUUUCUGAAGCGAGCAGACCAGCUAACUUCCAGGCUGUGAAACUUCAGAUUUGAAAAAUGAUGCGCAGGCAGGCAUGUUUUAAACUUCAGAACAGUGACAAGCAAAGCCUGUGAGGAAUCCAUGUUUGGAAUAAUAAAAUAGAUUUUGUGUUCUAUCACUUCAUUCAUGAUAAGCCUCUAAAUUUGUAUGUUAGUGCAGACCCCUCCCAUUUGUUUUCUAAUUGUGCUUUUUUCUUUGAAGAGUGUACUUUAUGCUAAAUGGAAAAUCGAUUAUAUUUAAAAAAAAAAAAAAAAAUCUAUAUUCCAAAUCCUCCAAAUCCUCCCUAUUCCCUCCGGCUACUGAUUGAUCUGUCAUGCACUGGCGUUAUUCUCUGUCUGUGUUUAAGUUACUUUUGGGGUAUGGUUUUGGAUUUCUCAGCAAGCCACGAUUGCUUCAGAAAAUGAAUGCGCAAGACUGCAAAGACUGGAAUCGUGAGCAAAAAAAAUACAACUUGUCAGACAGCAAAUUGGGUAACAUCUGUGAAAGGGAAAUGACAGACAUGUCUGAAGAAGGGUCUCGACCCUAAAUGUCGUAUGUUAAUUUCUCUCCACAGAUGCUGCCUGACCCACUGAGUUCCUCCAGUACUUUUUUAUUUGCGUCAGAAAAUGAGAUGGGUUGUUGUAAAGUCCAGCAUCAAACCACCAAAAUGUACUUGUGAUUUGUUCUGUGUGUAUAUUUGAAUAUUUUGCACAAAAACAGCAAAUGGUGUUAGUACUUCUAAAGCAAACGUACAAAAAAAAUGUUCACUGCAAAUAGUAUGCCCUGGUUAUAGGCAUGAAACUGGAUGAGAGCUAUACAGAAAACUAUGUUGGGGAAAAAAACAUCAUCCUGUAACUGCAAAUCCAAAACCUUUUGGGUGAACUUUAGUUUGAAACUUUUCUAUUUGCAAUUUUGACUUAACCAUUUUCACAUAUUGAUAGUCGUAUAAUAUUAGUCUGUUGGACGCAAAGUUUUAAAACCAAAGUUUUAAUUGUAGACAUUAUCCCAUAUUGGGGGAAGAUUUCUGCUAUUGCUACAGUGAGUUUGUAAAUAAUUCCCACACAUGUGAUUCUAAAAAGUACUUUAUGAUAAUGGGAUUCAUUCCUCUCGAGUGCAAGCAGCUAGGCAAUUAAUUGAUUAUUCUCCUUUUCAAUUUUAAGAGUAUUGUACUUUGAAGAUUUACUGCCACUUCCUAAAUGGACCUCUCCUUGGGGAUCUUGCAGCUCUUCCACCAUCAAGCACUUUACGCAGGCAGAAUAGACCUUUGUUAUUAGGCUGCCAAAAAGGCUCUAUUACUUUGGCACAUAAAUACAAGAGGUAAGCAAUCCCGUUUUGGGAGAAUAACCUCUGACGUACUGUCUUACUGUUGUUGCACUGGACUAUACUAUGAAACAAAACAUGGGUGAAAGAUUGAAUGCACAGGACCCGAUGCAUCUCCAUUUUACUGAAGCGGGCUGUCUUAAUCUGGUAGCGAAUCUGUAGACCUCCAUUUUAAGGGGUCUCCUGCCAUUUGUUCUCUGAAUGUCAUGUUAUUUACAUUAAACAGUGUUGCUAACAGAGAAAGAAUAGCAUGUCUACCACUGACUAACUUGUGUUAUUAACAUUAUAAUCUUAAUAUAGAGAGAGGGUAAGUUAUGGAAUGCAAACUCAUGCCUAGUUUAUGUCAUUAGGGUCUCUGGUAACUAACUAGAGUUCAAGUAAUUUACGAGUGUAUGAAAGAUGGCCUUUCAAUUGAAAUAAAGGAUGGCUCCCUGCAUAUGGUAUGUUUUGUUUUUACAUCUUCAUUAAUCGUUUGUAUAUAUGCUUCAAAGUUGCUUUUCAUGCCUUAUGAACUGCUUCCCUGCCUUUAUGAUCAGCUGCUACUUAUUUGAAAGUUCUCAAACAUGGGGGUGAAUGAGAAGUUGUGUUGAGAAUCAGGAGUGCUUUCUACUUGAGGUACAUCCCACUUUUGUGGUUUUAAAAUGAUAUUUGGAAGGUGUGGUUUGUUUUAUUUCAAUCACCUUUGCACCGUUGGUGAUUUUUCCACCCCUGAUCAUAUUAACAUAUGUCUCAGAUUAAGCUGUGCUUGCUAAAUUUCUGGUUGGACCAACAUUAUAUCUGAUUAUUAUUUUAAAUGUAGACAUUUGCUAUGAAAGAAUCCUCCGCAGCCCAGAAAAUUAAUUUCCAUUCAAAGUCAAUGUAUGUAUUAAACAUUUUCCUCUGUAUCCAAUUACAAGACAGUUAUCUUCACUUCUGAUGCAUGAAAGAGGAUACUGGAGCCAAUAGAGCAGAUUUUAUUGAGCAGAUUUACAGUUGUAAUUCAUCUUUAAUUUCUAUGUUCUGCACCAAAGCUGGAAAUACUUUCCUAAUGUUGGAUUCUAAUGGCUCAAACAUUAAAAAGGGGUUAAAACUAGUGGACAUUCAAAAAAAACUUAACAAUCUCUUCAAAUGUGCAGUAUGAUUCUAAUGCAAGUCAGUAUAGCUUUAAUGCUAUAUAAACACUUGUCUGUACUUGUGGUUCACAGAGCACAUGUGUGGAACUUGCACUGUAUUUCUUCAAGACAGGUUUAUUGAUUAGAAGCAAGGUCCAUUGUGCUCCAGGAGGAAAUACAGAACCCUGAAGGUUAUGAGUUAUAAAUGCUAACUCUAUGGAAGUCAUAAUUCCUUCAGUUGUUAAAGUGAAUGUAAUCAACCACAAUACUCCCUGUGUGCGGCAAGGUCCAAAGUUUAUUUUAUUAGUUGUUUAAUUAGAUAGCCUGAAGUUAAAUUGUAGUAUAUUUAUUUGUAUUACUGAUUUGAAUGAUUUAAUUGCUCUUCUCGCUGACAAACCUUUCACAGAAGUUGCGGACUCCUCACGCCUUUACAGGCUAGCUGCUCCUUCAUACUUUAUUUCUUCACCAGCUCCUGGGGAACAAGUUUGUAAAGGCUGUUUUUGGUAGCAUUCCUAGGCAGUGUAACUGUAGAUAUUAUUCACCGAUUGGAUUAGUUCCAAUGUUGUUAUUUAAAGAUUAUACUUAUUUAAAAUUUUCUUUUAUUUACUUGUUAAACAAUAUUUAUUACUGAAAAGCAACUGCUGUAGAUUUUUUUUUCUUAGAAAUCCAACAAUCGAAAAUACUUUUUUUGUAUACGGAGAAAUGUGUUCAGCUUUGGUUUUGGAGAAACUGGGUUGUGAAGUCUUUCUGGAAGAAUUUUGUGCUCUCCACCCUGUCACAAGAUGCAUUACAAACUUUUAGGCCACCCAGAAAUCCAUUCUGAAUGCAGAUCACUUUGUGCAUGGAUUUGUUCCUGAUACCAGUCCUAAAAUUAUUCAAACCUGUUACUUGUUUACUUCAGAUGUGUGUCUAUCGACUUGUUUACCACAGAUGGCCUCAAAGUAUGCAUUGAUGUAACAAAGAGAAUUUUACCAUCCCUGUACCUUAGCUUGUUUCUCCCCCACUUCCAACGUAGCGCGGAUACAUAAUUUAAUGUUGUGUAUUGAGCAUAACCCGAGGCUGCAGUUGGGAUACAGUGUUGGACUAGGACUAAUUGAAGUUCAAUUCCCAAUCCUAUCUCGCUGCUGAUGCCGACUGGACAAAUGUGGGUGGUAGUGUGCUUGUGAUUUUCUGUGUGAUUGAAUUGCCUGAGAAUAGUUGAAGUUGUCACGGGAAGGGCUGGAUAGACAGAUGUCCGAGGACAGAUCCCAGAUCCAUUACAAGAAGACUCUCUGUUCAGACAAUAAUACUGAGGUGGCCAGAGAGGAAAACUGAAUUACAAUCUCAAGGCAUUUUUGAUAGACAUUAUUGAAGUAUGGAUUUAUUGGGAGUUUGUGAAUUGUUUAAACCUAAAACUUUCCACCAAUUUCCAUGCUGGUUGCUUCGACACUGUAGAUGUCCAAUUAUAGUUGGUCAUUUUCUUCACUACUUGAAGCAUGUACUAAUGUCAAGGAAUUUGAUGUCUAUACCCUUGAGAUAUUCAGGUGGUUAAAGAAUUACUUUUCUUUUUGUUUAUUUUGUUGUCUCCAAUGGAGAGACAUUACUGAACAAAUAAUGAUAUAUACAAUGGUAAAAAGAGAGGAUAAAUAAUUAAUUGGUACCUUUUGGUUACUGAGUCCUUGGGGAAAUUUUACCAAUGUUCCUCGUUAUUCAAAUGUGUGUAGCAAGAAGUUAUAGGUACUAAAGUUUUCAAUUAUAUGCAAUGUGUGUUGAAAAAUUCCAUAAUUCAUUUUACUUUCUGGAAGAAGAAUAAAUGUUCUAAAUAACUGUACACUUCUCCGUACAAUCGAAAUAACCGUAAAUAAAAUUAUUUUGGAAAAAAACAAACAAUUUUUCAAUAAUUUAUUCAGAAGAGUCCUGACCCAACAAGCCAUUUCCUUCCGUAGAUGGUGCUUUGCCUACUGAGUUCCUCCAGCACUUGGUGUUUUAUUCAGAUUUGUUUGUCGCCGGGAUAUUACAAACUAUUCAGCUUACACUAGUUCUCCUCAACUUCCAUCAAUCCUGACUCCUAAAGGUCCUGUCCCACUUGGGCGUCAUUUGCGUGACAGGCUGGUAGUGACUGGCGCGCGAAAAUCGUCUAGCAGUAUGACAGUUGUGCGCCAUGUGCUCUUGAGGGCCCUGCUUCUUUUGGGAGCCAUUUGCGAUGUUGUUCGUAUUUAGUCCGAUCUCCAUGACAAGGAUUUCCCAAUGAAAAUUUUUCAAACCUACACACGCUUUAUACCCGGGUGGUCACGUGGUGCGGCGCUCAAAUUACGCGCAAAUGGCGCGCCGACGGCGUACGGGCGGCGCAUGGUUACGGACGUUGAUGCACGGUGACGCAUAAUAAAUUAGCAUAGGCAAUCUUUGUGUGUAACCAUGCGUCACCACGCGCUACAUGUACGCCGUCAGCACGUCAGCGUGCGCAGGGAUAUGUCACGCAGGUGGCGCGCGAGGAUUUUGAGCAUUCCAAAAUCCUGGGACGCCACGCGCCACUGCAUACGCCACCGCACCUCGGCGCGUGUCACGAUGCACCAACCAAUUUUUAAGAUGUCUUGUAAAUGACACGCAAAUGCUGCCCAAGUGCGAUAGGCCCAUUAUUGUAUAAUUCGGGACUUGCCCUAGCAAUUCCUGGGUGUGUUCAUGUUUCAAAUCUGGAGAUAGACCAAAAAAGAUCAAUGAGUGGGUGAUUUAAUUUACACUUUUUUGUCCUAAUACGCUGCAUGGUGGCGCAGUGGUAGAGUUGCUGCCUUACAGUGCUUGCAGCAUCGGAGAAUUAACCUACAAACCUGUACGUCUUUGAAAUGUGGGAAUAAACCGGAGAAAACCCACGCUGCUAUGGGGAGAACGUACCAACUCUACAGACACCACACGUGGUCAAGAUUGAAUCCGGGUCUAUGGCGCUAUAAGGCGGCAACGUUACUGCUGUGCCACGGUGCCACCCGCCAAAACAGUUUUUUCCAUUAUGCCAGUUUGGCUUCUGGGCAUGUAACUGAAAUGUGUAGUGAUUGAAAAGCAAGAGUGAGAAUUUUAAACUCGUGACUCCUUGAAUUUUAAAUGCAUGGAAGACAACAUUGCUGUUUUUCCUUCUCCUCCCAGCACAGCUGCUGGUCAGGAAAUACUGAAUUGACCUUCCACACCUUCCAGCCUGUACACUUUGUGCUUUUACAGCACAACUGAGGAACAUCAUCAGUGACGCUGGCCCUCUGGCUAGCCAAGGGUACACCCCAUCCCCAGGAAGUUUCAUGUCCUUUCUGACUGGAGGUGACAGGAUAAAACCGGGUCAUUUGUACUCUGAAGAAGCCACCCUUCACUCUGCAAACAGCCUCGUGUGUAUCUUCUCCAUUUCCCAGUACUUAAGGGUCACAGCUGCAAGAUCUUCCUCACGUAUUUCCGUGGCAAAAAUAGUUUUGAUUGCAGCUGUACUGCAGACCGCCUACAUCAUAAAAUAUGCCAUUUAUUCUGAAGGACUUUUCCAAAAAUUCUCCCACCCUCCACCAUGUUUCAACGAUCCAAAGACCGUAACUAAUGUAUGGUUCUUUAGGCCAAUCUGCAUCAUGCACCAAGCUCUCUUUAGGCUGCUCUUCACUUUGGUUACGAUUAUAGAACACCAACAUUUAUCCACAUUUUUUUUGGUCUUAGAACAUAGAACAUUGCAGCACAAGGAACAGGCCCUUCGGCCCAUAAUGUCCAUGCUGAAAUUGAUACCAAGAUGAACUAAUCUCAUCUGCCUGAACAAAAUCCAUAUCCUGCCAUUCCCUGCAUAUCCAUGUUCCUGUCCAAAAGCUUCCAACACCACUAUGAACCUCUGCCUCCAUGAAUGUGUUGCAUGCACAGCAUCCCAUGCAGCACAUUCCAGGCACCCACCACU